AUGGGGGCAAAACCUUCAUCACUAGGAAAACGAAAAAAUAAAGAAAAAGCAGUCACAAAUUCAAAUCAGCAAUCAUCAUCAGAAACGAUGAUAUCUUAUUAUGAAAAUCGUAAAUAUUUAGUUUGCACAGAAGAAAUCACUGAUAUUCUUCCAGUUGAUGAUGAUGAUGAAUUCGCAAGAACAAACACAAUUCAUUUCUUGCACAAAAAAAUUUGGGAUGAAACUAAUUUUUCAGCACCGAUUACAAAACAAUUGGAGAAUGGAUAUGGUUUUGAUGUGCUGGAUGUUGGUUGUGGAAGUGGCACAUGGACAUUAGAUAUGGCUACAACAUACCCAAAUGCUAAUUUUUUGGCUGUUGAUAUUCUUCAAACAUUUCCAAAUGAAAUUAGACCUAAUAAUGUAAAUUUUUUGCUGGGAAAUAUAAUCACUGGAUUAAAUAUUAAAUCAAAUACAUUUGAUUAUGUGUUUAUGAGAUAUAUGAAAACCUCCAUACAAAUAAAUGAUUGGUCAAAAGCUAUAGGUGAAAUGAUAAGGGUGGCAAAACCAAAUGGAUGGUUAGAAUUAAUAGAAAUGGAUGAUAUGUUCACAAAUGGAUCUCCUGAAUGCUUGGAGCUUAUGGAUAAAGUUGAAAAAAGAUUAAAAAAUAAAUAUAACCUAACCAACAGCCCAUUUAAACUCAUAAAUAAUAUCUUGUUAAAAGAAUAUUUUAACAUUAUAACUGAUGUACAAUUUUUUAAAAAAACAAUCCCAAUGUCAGGACAUUGGGAUAAUGAUUCAGAUAAUAUCAUUGCUAAAGUUUCUUAUGAUACUGCAUAUUGGGGAAGUAAGAGUUAUAAACAUUCACUUGAUUGUUUAGAUUUAACUCAUGAUGAAUAUGAUAAAUAUGUUGAAAAGGCCUUUGAAAGUAUUAAAAAUCGUAGAUGCACAUAUUCACUUUGCAGAUCAAUUGCAAGAAAAAUUUAA